AUGAAACCAUUCUUGCUUGCUGCAUCCUCUUUGGACAACAACAGUCGAACAAGUUCCACCUGGUCAUUAAGGGCAUCGGAGCCUCAACCAUUGUCCAUGAUGGCCCAGGAGGUUGAACAACACACAGACAACGACAGUGAAAUUGGUUUACAUAACGUAGAAUCGGUAGAAUCAUCGACUCUCGUUUCAGAAGAGAUCCUGAAGCCUUAUGAAAAGUGGGGGAUAUUAAAUGUUCCAUCAUUGAUGGAUGGAAUAAGCGUGGAGGAUCAUUCAAAAUUCAAUGAACAAAUCUUCAAGGAAAAUAUAAGGGCCUCCAUUCGGGAGCUCAAGGCUCGCAAGCUCAUCUUGGAGUAUGAGAUCACUAAAAAGAACGAAAUAAUUUCAAAGAUGAAGGAGACUCAUUUACAGGAGAGAAUAAAAGCAGACGAAAGCUUUUCUGAAUGGAAUCGGAAAUUGCAAGAGACUCUAGAUUUCAUCAGUGAUGAUAUUUCAACAACUUUUGAUUUUGACGAUCAUCAAAUACCAAAUACUGGUGAAGAGAACAACAAUUCUUUUGGUAGUUCAGAAACAUAUGAGAGAGAUCUCUUAUGGAUGAAACUGAAAAAGUUCCGAACGGUCUACUGUAAAAUCAUACAAUACAUUGAGGUGAGAGAGAGAGAAAUUAAGCACAUGGAGCUAGAAGAGAAAUGUGAUAUUGAAGAAAUUCUUAAAUCUCGUAAUCUUCUAGAAAAAGAGUUGGAUCAUCUCAAAUCCAAAAGGAAAGAUAUGGAAACUACCAUUGCCUCACAUUUUCAAGCAAUUAUUCAACUCAAAAAAGAAAAUGAGUCCAAAAGGAAGAAUAUUGAAGCUCUCAAAGAAAAAAUUGAGCAAGUAGAAGAAGUGAGCAAGCUCAAGGUUAGAGAACUCGCCAAAAAAUUAUUCAAAUAA